AUGCUGGACGUGGGGAAAUGGCCAAUGUUUGCCCUCCUCCCGCCUGAGGAACUCUGCCUCAUCCGGCAGGCGUGCGUUUUCGGAAGCGGCGCCAACGAAGCCCUCUAUGUCACCGUUAACGACGAGGUGUUUGCGCUGGGCACCAACUGCAGCAGCUGCCUAGGCGUGGGAGACCUGCAGAGCACCAUAGAGCCGCGUAGGAUCGAUAUCCUCUGCGGCAAGAAGAUCGUUUCCCUCAGCUACGGAACCGGACCGCACGUGGUCAUUGCCACAUCAGAUGGCGAAGUGUACGCAUGGGGCCACAACGGCUACAGUCAGCUGGGUAACGGGACCACCAUCCACGGGUUGAUCCCCGCUUUGGUCUCGACCAACCUGCAGAACAAGAGGGUUACCGAAGUGGCCUGCGGUUCCCACCACACCAUUGCGCUCACCACAGAAGGAGAGGUUUACGCCUGGGGCUACAACAACUCGGGCCAGGUGGGCUCGGGGUCCACCGCCAAUCAGCCCACGCCGCGCCGGGUUAGCAGUUGCCUGCAGAGUAAAGUAGUGGUCAACAUCGCCUGUGGACAGCUCUGCUCCAUGGCCGUGCUGGACAACGGGGAGAUAUACGGUUGGGGCUAUAACUGCAACGGCCAGCUAGGUUUGGGCAACACCGGCAACCAGCAGACGCCCUGCAGAGUCGCGGCUCUUCAGGGAGUCAAGGUUGUCCAGGUAGCUUGCGGCUACGCUCACACACUAGCGCUGACGGACGACGGCUUUAUUUACACGUGGGGAGCCAACUCGUACGGGCAGCUGGGCACGGGCAGUAAAAACAAUUUCUCCCUCGCCACGCUCAUCAGAACAGACAAAGAGAGAAUUGUGGAGGUGGCGGCGUGCCACACCAGCCACACGUCGGCGGCCAAGACACAGAGCGGACAGGUGCUUAUGUGGGGCCAAUGUCGCGGCCAGGUGGUGACCCAACCCCACGCCACGCACUUCAGCUGCACCGAUGACGUCUUCGCCUGCUUCGCCACGCCCGCCGUCACGUGGCGCCUCCUCACUGUCGACGGCGACGACUACCUGACCGUCGCCCAGUCGUUAAAAAAAGAGUUUGACAGCCCGGAGAUCUCCGACCUGAAGUUUCUGGUCGACGGAAAGUGCAUUCAUGUGCAUAAAGCCCUGCUGAAAAUAAGGUGUGAACAUUUCCGCGUGCUGCUCAACGAAACGGAUGAGGACACCAUUGAAAUCCACCAGUUCCCCUUUCUGGUGUACCGGGCCUUUCUGGAGUACCUGUACACGGAUUCCAUCAACCUGCCACCCGAGGACGCUGUAGGCCUGCUGGACCUGGCCACCUUCUACCGGGAGAGAAGACUGAAGAGGCUGUGCCAGGAGACCAUCAAGAGGGGAAUCUGCGAGGAGAACGCAAUCACACUGCUCUCGGCUGCCGUCAAGUAUGACGCACGGGACCUGGAAGAAUUCUGCUUCAAGUUCUGCGUCAAUCACCUAACCUCGGUGACGCAGACCCAAGCCUUCAGCGAGAUGGACCACGACCUGCUCAAGAACUUUAUCAGCAAAGCCAGCCGUCACGGGGCCUUCAGAAACUGA